AUGACCGGAUUUGCUAAAUUUGUGAAAGACCUGCUUACGACGAAAAGGUUUGUUCAACAAGAGACAGUGAAUUUAACUCACCGCAUGAGUUCAAUUAUUGCUUCCACCACAGUUCAGAAGAAGGGAGAUCUAGAGGAAUUUACCAUUCCGUGUGAUAUUUAUCUUCAUGUAUUCGCUGGUGCUCUGUGUGAUAAUGGGGCGAGUAUCAAUCUAAUGCCCCAUGCUAUUUUCAAGCAAUUUGGAUUGAGAAUGCCUAGACCGACUUCUAUGCGAUUACAAAUGGCGGACAGAUCCAUCAAGAAGCCAGCUGGGGUUAUAGAUGCUGUGUUAGUACAAGUGGGUAAGUUCAUGUUGCCUGCUGAUUUCAUUAUUCCGGAUUGUGCGGUUGACAAAUAUAUUUCCAUCAUCUUGGGAAGACAUUCCUUGCCACGGGCAGAGCGCUUAUGGACUCUGAAAAGAAUGAAAUUAAGUUCCGAGUAA